AUGGCGGUGUCGGUGGGACUGGGCAAUAGUGGUAGUGAUAACAGCAACAAUUGUAAGGGGUAUGGUGGUGGUGCCAAUGGUGGGUUGUGGUGGUUGGGUUGUAGAGGUUACAAUGGUGGUAGAGGUGGUGGCAGCAACAUUGGUGGUUGUGGUGGCAGCGGUGGCAAUUGUGGUGGUGGCAGUAACAAUGAUGGUUGUUGUAAUGGUAGUUGUGAUUAUGGUGCUAGUGGUGACAGUUGUGGUUUUGGUCGUAGUGGCAGCAACGGUGAUAGUGGUGGUGGUGGUGGUGAUGACGAUGGUUGUGACGACGAUGGUGAUGGCAAGGAUUAUGGUGGGAAUGACGGCGAUGAUGUAAGGUUAGUGAUUGUAGUUAUAGGUGAUCACUUGGUUCUUUUGGAGUAA